AAGCCGACCGUCUCUCAAAAAUGCGGGCGGAAGCCACCGUGGGACCGCUUGAAUGCACAACGGCUCUCUGAGAGGCUUCCCUGUGUUUUUUUUCCUUUUUAUUUUUCGUGUUUUAUAGCUUGAAAGUCGGUUCCGUUACGGAUUUUCGCAAGGGUGGUUGUACGGAUCGAGCUGCUCGGCAAACCGCACUCUACUUGGUGACUCGAAUGAGACAAGCAACGCCCGUCGGCGACGUCUUCGUCUUCUAAAAUAGUGCCGGCGACUCCGACUGAAGUUUCGGCCUUCUUCUAACAAGUUCUCGUCGUCUGCUAGAGUAUGCUGCUCGCCGCCUUUUGUUGAUCGUCUGCUUUUGGCUGUCUGCGCUUGGUCGACUGUUUUGCGGCGUCUAAAGGACACCACAUAUUCAGUUUGCAAGACUUGGGGACGGAUUCCAAUGGGAUGCAUUUCUGGAAUUACAUUGGGCUGUCCUUCCUGGCGCUCAUUCUGCUGUCGGGGCGGCUCUAUGAGGCGAGCAAGGAGAUCUCGUUCCUGCGGCUGGUCCUUGCGUCAUGGAUGCCCUCGGACGCGGACCUGCUGGGCGAAGACACCAAGGCCGGCUCCGUUCUCAGCGAGAGGAGUCGGCAGACCAUCACGAACCUCAAGGUGGACCUCGAGUCUUUCCUGCUCGAACUGAACUCAGCCCGGACAACAUUGGCCUUGAGCGUGGUCUUCGUCAUCAUCUACAUCCUCAGCUGGUGGUGGAUGGCAUUUGCGCUUAAGCAGGCCAAGGAUGACGUAAGCUCUUGUCUUCUAUUUAUGGACUACUUUUAUGACUGA